GACGACGAGCAGAGGAUAGCAGACAGACAGAUACAGAAACAGCGAAAUGGACAAAAAUCUGAUGAUGCCGAAGCGUUCGCGCAUCGAUGUCAAGGGCAGUUUUGCCAACGGACCGCUGCAAGCACGCCCAUUGGUGGCCCUGCUCGAUGGACGCGAUUGCUCCAUCGAGAUGCCCAUCCUGAAGGAUGUGGCCACGGUGGCCUUUUGCGAUGCACAGAGCACCUCCGAAAUACACGAGAAGGUUCUCAACGAGGCAGUGGGAGCUCUGAUGUGGCACACCAUUAUUUUGACAAAGGAGGAUCUUGAGAAGUUCAAAGCUUUACGCAUCAUCGUGCGCAUCGGCAGCGGCACAGACAACAUCGACGUGAAGGCGGCGGGCGAACUGGGCAUCGCAGUGUGCAAUGUUCCCGGCUAUGGAGUCGAGGAGGUGGCGGACACGACAAUGUGCCUGAUCCUCAACCUUUACCGGCGGACGUAUUGGCUAGCGAACAUGGUGCGCGAGGGCAAAAAGUUCACUGGACCCGAGCAAGUGCGGGAGGCAGCGCAUGGCUGUGCACGCAUCCGCGGCGACACCUUGGGCCUGGUGGGACUGGGCCGCAUCGGAAGCGCCGUGGCCCUGCGGGCAAAGGCGUUCGGCUUCAACGUCAUCUUCUACGAUCCCUACCUGCCCGACGGCAUCGACAAGUCGCUGGGCCUCACUCGCGUCUACACGCUGCAGGACCUGCUUUUCCAGUCCGAUUGCGUCUCACUGCAUUGCACGCUCAAUGAGCACAACCAUCAUUUAAUCAAUGAAUUCACAAUUAAACAGAUGCGACCUGGUGCAUUUCUGGUGAACACCGCCCGCGGCGGUCUGGUUGAUGACGAGACCCUGGCGUUGGCGCUGAAGCAGGGAAGGAUAAGAGCUGCCGCCCUGGACGUUCACGAAAACGAACCUUACAAUGUAUUUCAAGGCGCACUGAAGGAUGCCCCCAAUUUGAUUUGCACACCGCACGCCGCCUUCUUCAGCGACGCGUCCGCCACGGAGCUGCGCGAAAUGGCAGCCACCGAGAUCCGGCGGGCGAUCGUCGGCAAUAUUCCAGACGUGCUGAGGAACUGCGUCAACAAGGAGUACUUCAUGCGCACGCCGCCUGCCGCUGCCGCCGGGGGCGUGGCGGCGGCUGUUUAUCCCGAAGGAUUAAAUGGCGGCUAUUAUACAGGCGCACUGCAUCACCGGGCACACAGCACCACGCCGCACGAUGGCCCCCACAGUACAACCAACCUGGGCAGCACCGUAGUAGGAGGCGGUCCGACGACAGUCGCCCAAGCUGCCGCUGCAGCCGUGGCCGCUGCGGCAGCCGCCGCCGCCCUCCUGCCGUCGCCGGUUCCGCCGCACUUGUCGCCCCAGGUCGGUGGAUUGCCGCUUGGAAUUGUGAGUAGCCAAUCGCCCCUGAGUGCGCCCGACCCUAAUAAUCAUCUGUCAUCGAGCAUAAAAACGGAGGUGAAGGCCGAGUCAACGGAGGCGCCGUAGGCAUCUGCUGUCCACAAGUGGCUGGAGUUGAUGAUGGCAACGGGCAGAGGCGCAAUGGAGUCCAGCACAACAACUGGCCAAGGAGAAGGAUCAAAUGAAAAGAAGAAAACCCCCAGGAGCAGUCCCCAAGGAUUAAAAAAAAUAAAAGAUAAAACCCCCCAGCAGUAGUCAUCAUCAUCUGUUGUCUGUCUGUGAAAUGUGUGGAGUCCCGUGUAUCCGUGCUGUUGUUCUUUUGUUCCGGUUGUCAAACGGAUUCGUUGCGCGCCUGUGCCAGCGCUUGAUUUGAAUUUUUCCAAGUUUCUAUGUUUUAAUUUAAAAUACAAUACAUAUUUGCAUUACCAACCCAAACAAAAUAAAACAAUACAACAUAAUUAAACAACGCAGGAAAACAAGGAGGAGGAGGAGUAUAGUUAUGAUGAUCCCCACACACAACACGCCUCAAAAUUUACUACAUAUUUAGACUUUAAUUUGUAACUAUUUAGAAUUUUACAGUUACAAUUUAAGAUUUUUAUUUGUAUUGCAGCAAAUUGUAAGUGAAAAUACGCAAAAACAAAUGCAAAUGUUGGAAAAUUUUAAUUACGAGAAACAAACACAAUUAUGGCAUACAAAAAAAAAACAAA